AUGAGUCUGCAAGCCUGUUGCUUCAAACUCGACAUAUCUUAUCUCAUUCCACGUCAAUCAAAGACCCUAGCCAUCUUGAGUAAGAUCUCUCGAACUUACGACAUUCAUUUUGCAUGUAAGCUCUGCAUGACACAUGCCUUCUUGCAUAUACUUAUGGAUUUGGUUGAGAUGAAAAGAGCUCACGGCAGUAUGUUCAAGCGUAAAUUCCAGGCAAUCAAGGAGACAUACAGACAUGCAGAGAGAUGCUCACCUGCAUUGCAUACCUCGAGCGCUGCCAUGACUGGUGGCGGCGAUCGAUCUUUCACCCGUGCAGUAGGCGGCGGCGCGGCCCUUAGAACGACAAAGAAACACGAGGAAAACGCCUCCCGGUGGAUACGUUCCUUUUAGAUCAAACUAGAUCAAGUCAGUUAGACGUAUAGAAUAAGAAAUUAGUCUGUGUGGAGACGAUG